GGAUUAGAACGCCGCUUCCUGUUUCACAACCGGAAGUUUCAUAAAUUGUUGGAUUUUUUUUAUGAUUUAUAGUUAUUUAAUUAAUUCACAACUUAAAUGUUUGUUGUAUUAAAGAUACUGAAAACUGUUGAAUAAACAAAAAACAAAUACAAAAAGUAAAUACAAAAAUAAACGCCUUUCAAACUAUUGCUAUGGAUGUUGCUAUGGAUGUUGCUAUGGAUGUUGCUAUGGAUGUUGCUAUGGAUGUUGCUAUGGACCAUAACACAGUUGUUGUGAAUGUUCAGCGUUAAACGUAAUAAAAGAGUGAGGUGUUGAUGGAGGACAUCAGAAUUAAGACAGAUUUAAACCUGGAUGAUGGACACUCGUCUUCGUUAUUAUCUUCAUCCUCUUCUCUGUCCUCAGUGUGUGCUGAGCAGGACGUGUUGGUGGUGCGGAUGUGUGCUCUCCAGUUAUACAGCCUCAGUGGUGUGUGUGUGUUCAGAGCUCUGAGAGUGUGUGUACUGUGUGAUAACUCCAUCACCGACAUCCAACCGCUGCAGCAGUGUGUGAACUUACUGAAGCUCGACCUCAAAGGCAACCAGAUCUCACAGCUUCCUGAAGCUGCAUUCUGGAAGAAUCUAAAGAAUUUACAGCUGCUGUUCCUACAUGAUAACAAUAUUUCAGUGAUGAACCAUGUGUCAGGUCUAAGUGUUUCUCCUUCACUGAGUGCUUUAACGCUGUAUGAAACUCCACUGAGUCGGACAAGAAACUACAGACACUGUGUCAUUAACAGCAUCAUCAGCCUGAAGGCCCUGGACCAUCAUGUUAUCUCAGAUGAAGAGAUCAUUGAAAAUUGGAAACUUCCUCUCAGAUAUCAGGCCAUGGCACCAAAUUUAUCUCUCAUUCUGUAUUCAUCGGCAACCACGCAGUCAGAUGAAAUUAAAGCACUGCAUCGAAUAAUUUCAGAAAUAAAUAGAGUCCAAGCCUCAUUUUCUCCAACACUCAUCAUACAGAAGUGGAUUAGAGGCCAUUUGACCAGGAAACAUCUGGGAUUGUGUGGAGCACCUGUUCCUCUAAAAACGCUAGUGAGGAAUGUGACUUCAGUGAGUUCAGUAUGGGACAUCAGCAGAAGAUCUUGGAUUAGGAGUGAUCCUCACAUUUUGGAACUACAGAAGGACAUGUUGAGCAUUAGAUCUUUCCACAGCAAGAACCUGACGGACAUCAAACCACCUUGUAACACUCCUCAGCCACAUAACCAUGGAAACAAUCUCAAUAUAAGCUUUCUGGAUGAACAUCCUGGUGAGAUGAUGGGGUUGAAAACUUAUUGUCUGUUUGGCUGUAAGGCCAUGACGUAUUUGUCCAAGCCUUUUGAAGACAUGCUGAUAUCUAGAAAAAGGGACGGGCAGGACAUCCGGGAUGGUAUCAUUCAUUUCCACAAACAGAAAUCCGACCGUCCCACUGCCCCAUGGCCACGCCCACCUAACAUCACUGCAGAGAAACACCUCAAUCGCCGAUUCCAUAAGUACCUAAAGCCUACCACAAUCCAACCCACAGACAGGGCAUAUAAGGAGAGAGAGAAGGAAGAGAGUCUGAGGGAGCGAGCCCAGCGAGUGAUGAAGGUACAGGAUCAACGUGAUGAAGCACGAGGUCGUCGUGAAGGAUUCAUGGCUGCUCAAAGGAGAGAGGCGCUACAGAGACAGAAGUGGGAGCAAGACAAACUGGAGACAACACUCAAACUGCAGACAGCCAAACAGGAGCAGGAGGUGCAGCUAGUUCAUCAGAAGUACCGCAGGUUUUUGGUGGAGAAGCAGAUGAACAUGAUGGAGCAGGAGGCAGUGAAGCGCUUCAGCCGACAGCAUGGUGCUUUGUCUAAAGCCUUUAGUAAACACUACACAGAGCACAAACUCGAUAAGACUCUGCAUGAGAGGAGACGGCGAAUCGCUACACAGAACGCUGGCUUGCAGGCUGUGCAGAGACACCUGGAGAACAGGCAGCAGAGUAAACCAAUGAUGUCCUGGACAUCCAUAAACUCUCUCCCAUUUCAGCAGCUCACAGACAUCAAUCAAACCUCACAUUACAAACCGGCUGAAAUCCAGCCGAUACGAGAAGUGUUGAUCGGACAGAAGUGUUGAUCGGACAGAAGUGUUGAUCGGACAGAAGUGUUGAUCAGACAGAAGUGUUGAUCGGACAGAAGUGUUGAUCAGACAGAAGUGUUGAUCGGACAGAAGUGUUGAUCAGACAGAAGUGUUGAUCGGACAGAAGUGUUGAUCGGACAGAAGUGUUGAUCAGACAGAAGUGUUGAUCGGACAGAAGUGUUGAUCAGACAGAAGUGUUGAUCGGACAGAAGUGUUGAUCGGACAGAAGUGUUGAUCGGACAGAAGUCCCGUCCCAGAAACUGAAACAUCUUGAUAUUCUCUACUUCAUGCUAGAAGCUGAUCACUGAUCAUUCCUUAUAAUCACAACACGGUAAUGGCUCAGUGGUUAAAGCCCUGAGUUACUGAUCACAAGCUUAGUGUUCAAGCAACAGUACUUACGGCCCUAUACACGGCCCUUAAACCUCUCUGCUCCAGGUGACUGUACACAGUUGACCCUUUGCUCUGACCCCAACCAUUUAGCAAGCUGAGAUAUAUGAAGAAGAAUAGAAUCUUAUAGCUAGUUUCUUAGCAACAGCCAGUUCAUAAAGUGAACAGCGCAUGAAAUCCUCAGGUGAAAACUAAACAGCAACAGCGACUAAAAACAGUUCAGCAGAAUCACACAGCAGAACACGGAACAUCAUGGAAAUGCUGGCUGUAGCAUGUGGAAAUAUAUGAGGAAAUAUAUCACAGCAUGGGGAAAUAUAUCACAGCAUGGGGAAAUAUAUCACAGCAUGGGGAAAUAUAUGGGGAAAUAUAUCACAGCAUGGGGAGAUAUAUGGGGAAAUAUAUCACACUGACAAAUUAGAAGACUUUGGGAUCAGCAAAUUUAAAAAAGCUAAAAAAGCUGUGAAAGACAACUGUCACGGUCAGCGCACCGCCCACGCCACCGAACACCAACACCUACAAGCCUCUCCAGAAUACUAGCUCUCCCAGACUACACCUCCCAGAAUCCACCACUGACUUUGAUUACUCCACCACCUGUUCCUCAUCAACCGCUUCCUAUAAAGACUGAACGUGAACUUGACACCAGUGUGAAGUCUUGAUUUGUUCCGGCAAUCAUUCUGAGCAAUUCCCGUGUUUUCUCUGUUCUGGUUUCUGCUUCUGUGUUUUCGUUUUGUGAUUGUUUGCUGCCUGCCCCGACCUUCUGCCUGUCUUACUGUUUCCGAUUUCUGCCUGUUCUCUGACAUUGUGUUUACCUGCCCUGACCUUGCCUGUAUGACUACGGGUUUGUCUUUAUUAAAAGCUGCACAUGGAUCAUCCGCCUUACGACUCUUCGUUACAGAUAACAGUACCUGCUCGAGUGUAGAAGGGCAGAUCUGUCCUUUUUCCUCACUGAUGUGAAAUCAUGUGUCAAACCGUUAUUUAAAGCAGCUGCAUGUUGUAUAUAGC